CAGGGGCAAAAUUUUGGCGUAGAAGAAAAGGAAAUAAAAUUAAAAAUCAGAUUUCUUUGUUUCUUUUACAGUCAAAAUGAUUUUUUUUUUACAUUUUGUUUUUAUAUUUUUAUUUGCGUAGUCUCUGGCAUUUUCCAUUUUGACUCAAUCGAUACGCAUCUCUAUCCAAAAAGGGACUUGGCUGGGUUUUGAGAGAUGGCAAGUGGGUUUGGGGAAUCGACUAGCAGGGCUCCUCAUAACUCUUCAUUUACUAGCAACAAUGGAAAUGGUGAUGCUGGUAAUUUUGAAUGCAAUAUUUGCUUUGACUUAGCUCAGGAUCCGAUUGUAACUUUGUGUGGCCAUCUUUUCUGCUGGCCUUGUCUCUACAAAUGGCUUCACUUUCACUCAAAAUCCCGGGAAUGUCCGGUUUGUAAGGCUCUAGUGGAAGAGGAGAAGUUAGUUCCUUUGUAUGGCAGAGGGAAAACGUCGACUGACCCGAGAUCAAAGUCCAUUCCUGGUGUUAAUAUUCCCAACCGUCCUGCAGGACAGCGACCUGAAACUGCUCCUCCUCCAGAACCAAAUCAUUUUGGCCAGCAUGGGUUUGGAUUUAUGGGAGGGUUGGGAGGUUUUGCACCAAUGGCAACUGCCAGGCUUGGGAAUUUCACAUUUUCUGCUGCUUUUGGUGGUCUUAUCCCUUCACUUUUUAACCUUCAAGUGCAUGGAUUUCCUGAUGCUGCCAUGUAUGGUCCUGCUGGCUUUCCUUACGGGUUUAAUUCAUUUCAUGGCGGCCAUCCACAUGGAUAUCGUCAGCACCAUGGUCAAGGACAGCAGGAUUAUUACCUGAAGAGGCUGCUUUUGUUUAUUGGUUUUUGUGUUUUCCUUGCUCUUAUUUGGCAAUAAGAGCUAGUCUUCUUUCGGAGCAUAAACUGCUAACAGAUGCUUAUGGUUGUCCAUAUCCAAGUCUUUGUAAAUCUGUUAGUGCAUUUUGUGUUUUUCUUUUCCUUUCUCCCUUUUCUCAUAUUGAGGAAAUUGUCCAUAACCAGUAUCAUGUAGCUUCUUUUGUGUGUCAUAAGUGCACGGAACUCAACCUAUGUGUUUUUCUUACUGCAAGAUUUAGGAGUAAAACGAUGUUGCUGUAAUGUUUUU